ACUUUGGUUGGUUUUUCGCUAAUAUAAAAAUAAAUGGUGCUAAUAAAGCUAUAGAGAAUAAGCAGCCGUCUGCGCCUCAGCCACAACCAAUUGAAGUUGUAGACCCAAAAAUUGCAGAAACUAAACCGGCGCCUGCUCCAAAACCAGCGCAACCGGCACCAAAACCCGUUGUCGCGCCCACACCAGCACCAAGUCCACCGAAGCCAAUUGAAAAACUGGCGCCAGCAACACCUCCAACGACGCCAACAACAAGUCCAUCCAUAAAACCAACUCCAAAAAUUAAACAUCAUGGUUGACGCUGCAGUUCUUGCUAAAUUGGAAGAGGGCUACGCCAAGUUGGCUGCCUCUGACUCCAAGUCAUUGCUGAAGAAAUACUUGACUAAGGAAGUGUUCGACAGCUUGAAGAACAAGAAGACCCCAACUUUCGGCUCAUCUUUAUUGGAUGUUAUUCAAUCCGGCUUGGCCAAUCACGAUUCUGGUGUUGGUAUUUACGCUCCUGAUGCUGAGGCCUACACUGUCUUUUCUGACUUGUUCGACCCAAUCAUUGAGGAUUACCAUGGUGGUUUCAAGAAGACCGAUAAACAUCCACCAAAGGACUUUGGUGACGUAAGCACUUUUGGAAAUUUGGAUCCCAACAAUGAAUUCAUUAUUUCCACUCGUGUGCGUUGCGGUCGCUCCCUUGAAGGCUACCCAUUCAACCCAUGUCUAACCGAAGCCCAGUACAAGGAAAUGGAACAGAAGGUUUCAUCUACUUUGUCUGGUUUGGAAGGCGAAUUGAAGGGCAAAUUUUACCCAUUGACCGGCAUGGAGAAAUCAGUUCAACAGCAAUUGAUUGAUGAUCACUUCUUGUUCAAGGAAGGUGAUCGUUUCUUGCAAGCCGCCAAUGCUUGCCGUUACUGGCCAUCUGGACGUGGUAUCUACCACAACGACAACAAGACUUUCCUGGUGUGGUGCAAUGAGGAAGAUCAUUUGCGUAUCAUUUCGAUGCAAAAGGGCGGUGAUUUGGGUGAAGUUUUCCGUCGUCUAACAAACGCCGUAAAUGAAAUUGAGAAGCGUAUUCCAUUCAGCCAUGAUGACCGUUUGGGCUUCUUGACAUUCUGCCCCACCAACUUGGGUACCACCAUCCGUGCGUCGGUGCACAUUAAAUUGCCAAAAUUGGCUGCCGACCUUGCUAAAUUGGAGAACGUUGCUGGCAAAUAUAACUUGCAGGUACGCGGUACUCGUGGUGAACAUACAGAAGCUGAAGGUGGUAUUUAUGAUAUCUCCAACAAACGCCGUAUGGGUCUGACCGAAUACCAGGCCGUGAAGGAAAUGUACGAUGGCAUCACCGAACUCAUCAAGAUCGAAAAGGGCAUGUAAAUUGCUACAAUUUAAGUGUAGCGAACGUUUAUUUGUAGUCAAGCAAAGCAGGUGUUGUGAAGUUUAGUAUGUACUAAGUGAAAGAGGGUGCAGYAGUGACAGGUCCCGGCAUUUUCAAUAGAUCCUAUUGGGAAGCUGUCUUUGCUGCGUUCAUAUGAAAUGCCUUCCUGGAGAAGAACAACAACACCAUCUACAACACUGCUACCACCAAUAAAACCUAACAAUGAAAACACUUAUCCUUAAAAAAGAAGACGUCAAAUGUUUGGACUUUUUGUGAAACUG